CGGUUGCAGCGCGGAGCGGAGGAGGCAGGAAGGCGAACGCGAGCAGGCGCUGGGUGGGCACCAUGGCCGGGAUCACCAACAUCGAGAUGGUGAAGCGCAAGAUCCAGGUCCUGCAGCAGCAUGGGGACGACGCCCAGGAGCGGGCCAAGCGCCUCCAGCGGGAGGGGGAGGGGGACAGGCGGGCUCGGGAGCAGGCUGAGGCUGAGGUGGCCUCCUGAACCUUGAACCGUAGGAUCCAGCUGGUUGAAGAGGAGCUGGACAGUGCUCAGGAGCGCCUGGCCACUGCCCUGCAAAAGCUGGAGGAAGCUGAGAAAGCUGCCGAUGAGAGCGAGAGAGGCAUGAAGGUUAUUGAAAACCGAGCUUUAAAAGAUGAAGAGAAGAUGGAACUCCAGGAAAUCCAACUCAGAGAAGCUAAGCACAUUGCAGAAGAGUCAGAUAGAAAAUAUGAAGAUGUGGCUCGUAAGUUGGUGAUUAUUGAGGGAGACUUAGAACGCACAGAGGAACGAGCUGAGCUGGCAGAGUCCCGUUGCCGAGAGAUGGAUGAGCAGAUCAGACUGAUGGACCAGAACCUGAAGUGUCUGAGUGCUGCUGAAGAAAAGUACUCUCAAAAAGAAGACAAAUAUGAGGAAGAGAUAAAGAUUCUUACUGAUAAACUCAAGGAGGCAGAGAACCGUGCUGAGUUUGCUGAGAGAUCGGUAGCCAAGCUGGAAAAGACAAUCGAUGAUUUGGAAGAUAAACUGAAAUGCACCAAAGAGGAACACCUCUGUACACAAAGGAUGCUGGACCAGACUCUGUUUGACCUGAAUGAGAUGUAGAGCCACCCAGUCCCGCCCCGCCGCUGCUCCUCCCUCUGACCCUGACUCCGCCUGAGGCCAGCCUGCUUGAAGCUGACCUUUAAACUGAGGGCUGAUCUUUAAC